CCGACGCUGGACCUCGCCGAGCAGAUGAACGAGGAGGAGAAGCGCAAGUACGUCAAGGGCAAGAAGCUCGGCGAGGGAACCUACGCCGUCGUCUUCCUCGGCCACCUGCGCUCCAGCCCGUCGACGCGCGUCGCCAUCAAGAAGAUCAAGGUGCAGAAGGAAUACACCGAGGGCAUGGCGCCGGACGCGGUGCGCGAGCUCAAGCACCUGCAGGAGCUGCAGCACCCCAACAUCAUCUCGCUGCUCUCCGUCUUCUCCUCCAAGGACCAGAACCUCAACCUGGUGCUCGAGUACCUGCCGCUGGGCGACCUGGAGAUGCUCAUCCGCGACACGGACAAUGUCCGCUACGGCGCCGCCGACAUCAAGGCCUGGAUGGGCAUGCUGACGCGCGCCGUCUGGUUCUGCCACGAGAACUUUGUGCUGCACCGCGACAUCAAGCCCAACAACCUGCUCAUCGCCGCCGACGGCGAGGUCAAGCUGGCCGACUUCGGCCUCGCCCGCAGCUUCGCCGACCCCCAUCGCCACAUGACGUCCAACGUCAUCACGCGCUGGUACCGCCCGCCCGAGCUCCUCUUCGGCGCCCGCUACUACUCGGGCGCCGUCGACAUCUGGUCCGUCGGCACCGUCUUCGCCGAGCUCGUCCUGCGCGCCCCCUACAUGCCCGGCAACAACGAGCUGGACCAGAUCAAGCUCAUCUGCGAGUCCAUCGGCACCCCGACCGAGGACAACUGGCCCGGCGUCACCCGCCUGCCCGAGUACACCGUCCCCGGCCAGCACCCCACGCGCGGCAGGGACUGGUACGAGAUGCGCUUUGGCAUCGUCGGCACCGACGGCGUCGACCUGCUCAUCCGCACCCUCGCCCUCAACCCGCAGAAGCGCAUCACCGCCCGCGAGAUGCUGCAGCACCGCUGGUGGCACUCCGAGCCCAAGCCCACCCGCAAGGACGACCUGCCCCGCAAGGACGCCGGCGCCGGCGAGGACAAGAUGGGCGGCGACCUGAAGCGCCGUCCCGGCGUCGUGGCCGACGAUGACAGGGGCGCCAAGGUGGCUCGCAAGCUGGACUUUGGGCAGCGGUAG